AUGUCAACGCCGACAACUGCCACGGCCACCCUCCCUCCCCAUUACCGUCACCAUCACCCGCACCACCACCAUCAUUAUCCGCCCUACCCACACCUGCAGACCAGCGACGCUUCUUAUCGGCCACUUGCUUUCUCGUCUGCUACUGCCACAAACCCUGGCCUGCCUACCCCGUCUUCGACAGCCUCGGCUGCGCCCAUCUCCAAUCGACAUCACGUACCGUCGUCGUCGUCGUACACCACCAACGCGGUCUAUUCCGCCAACCAAUACCCCCCAAAUGGAGUAGCUGCUUCCGUCGCCUCUGCAAGACCGACUCAAGACUCAUCGAGAACAAAUUCGACCCCGAGAUCCGACGCCAAUCACGCCGCGAUGCCUCCCUCGGCCGCCUCGGCCACACAAACUCAUGCCGACAGCCAGCCGAGGAAACGUCGGAGGUCCAAAGAGCCUGACUGGAACAGCUUCUACAAGAACGGCCUUCCCAGAGAGAUCAUUGUCAUUGAUGACACACCCGAGCCUGACCAGAAUGCUUCUUCAACACCGUAUACGAAUGGCCACGUGAACGGCUCAGCCAAUGACCAGAGUACCCGGCAUAUUGCCAAGAAGAGGAGGAAAGAUGACGGUGCUGGGGUCUAUGACGCCAGACUAAAUGGCUCGCAACACCAUAGCCCCAAUAGUGGUUCGGCCUCAACUGAUCGUACUACAUCAGCACACCAGACGACAGCUGCCACUUCGCUCGGUUCUUUGUCUUCGAAUGGCCAGCACGAAUUCGAGUCUCAACAGACCGGCCAGAAACGGAAGAGAACACGGCAGCAGAUCGCCCAGGAUGCGAAAAGGCGAGAGGUUGAGGUCCUAGGUGAUGCUUUUGUCAGCUACCGGCCCCCUCAGAAACCGGUGAAGAAGUGCGGCGAAGUCCAUUGCCGACCAGUCAAUGAGCGUUCGCACCAAAGCGGUGUCAAAGUCGACGACGACGACGGCCAUUAUAUAGUGGUCCCUGAUGCUGAACUGACAUCACAAUAUCAAAUGGUCAAACUGCUCGGGCAAGGCACUUUCGGCAAGGUGGUCCAGGCUCGGGACAAGAAGAGGGGUGGAUUGGUCGCCAUCAAAAUCAUCCGAGCAGUUCAGAAGUACAGAGAUGCUUCGAGGAUUGAGCUCCGAGUCCUCCAAACCCUCAAGGCUAACGACAACGAGAACCGCAAUCGAUGCAUCCAUCUCCGGGAUUGCUUCGAUUAUCGAGGCCAUAUCUGCAUUGUGAUGGACCUUCUCGGCUCGAGCGUCUUUGAUUUUCUCAAGGGCAACAACUUCGUGCCGUUCCCGAACAGCCAGAUACAGAGUUUUGCUCGACAACUCUUCACCAGCGUUGCUUUCCUCCACGACCUGAACCUCAUCCACACCGAUUUGAAACCCGAGAACAUUCUCCUCUGUGAUAGUGCAUACCAGACGUUCACAUACAACCGCCGGAUACCGGCUUCCUCAACUGGCAUCAACCGACAGGCCAACCAACGCAAGGUGCUUCUCGACACAGAGAUUCGGUUGAUAGAUUUCGGGUCAGCGACCUUCCAAGAUGAAUAUCACUCCUCCGUCGUCUCAACACGGCAUUACCGCGCGCCGGAGAUCAUUCUCGGAUUAGGUUGGUCGUUCCCUUGUGAUAUAUGGAGUAUCGGAUGCAUAUUGGUCGAGUUCUUUACUGGAGACGCCCUCUUCCAGACGCACGAUAACCUCGAACAUCUAGCGAUGAUGGAGAACGUCUGUGAUAGCCGGAUCGAUACUCAUCUCAUACAAGCUGUGAACAAGAUGGCUACACGUAACGGUGGCAAUCCCGCUUCCAAGUACUUCAAGAGAUUGAAGUUGGACUACCCUGGGACCGAGACUACACGAGCCUCAAGACGAUUCGUACGUGCCAUGAAGCGACUUUGCGACAUAAUCCCCGCCCCCAACAGCCCAUUUCUACGAUGCUUUGUGGACCUCCUGCAAAAGAUCUUUGUCUACGAUCCGGCGAAGCGGAUUACUGCCCGCCAAGCUCUGGAACACCCUUGGUUUCGAGAGCCUGCUAUCCCUGACGAUGGUACGGAGGCGGCCAAGAUUCGAAUGGAACGGAUAAGGGAACACGACUAUCAUGGUUCACGUGUUCCACCCGCGGUAUAG